UUGCCGCUAACGCGCUCAAAUUGUGGUUGAAGGGCCACAAUUUUGCUGCUUUCAAAAUUGGAUUAUUCGAUAUUUUUGUGUUUGUUGUUGAGCCAUUUGUUAUCUUUUUUAAUCCCUUGUUCGCGGGUUUAACAUACCGUCCUUCUCGUCUGAGGCGUUCGAUUCGCUUCCUUUGCCUAACCUGUUUCUUAGGCUUACUAGAAGUGCUGUUCUCUUUAUGAGAUUGUCUGAGCCGAUCGCUGCUUAAAAACCUAAUAAGAUGAGUCGCGACAUUAGAUCUUUUUUUACUGUUGCUUCAAAGAAAAAGGAGGAGACGGAAGAAAUCACGAAAAAGAGAAAGAAAAAACUAAUUGUUGAGUCUGACAGUGAUGAAGAUGUCGUGGUUAGUAAGAAGAAAUCAAAACCUCAAGCAGACACCAAAACACAAACUCAUCCAAAGCAAGAAAGAGUUCAAGAUGUCUCGAGUUUAUUUGGGUCAAAACCUGCGAAGCGCUCUGCUGUCACCACGUCAAUCAAGAAAGAGGAGCCUCCGAAAAAAGCCAAGGAAAAUGGAGCCAAUGGAACUAAACAGAACAAAGUACAUUGUGAAAUUGAAAUUCACAGUGAUGAUGAAUUCAUUGCCACCCUUGAGCAAGUUGAUACAAUUGAGAAAAAGCACUCCCAGAAAACUUCAGCAAAACCUGUGAAAGAAAAGUCGCCUUCAAAAGACAAAAAGCGGCCGAGUGCUGACAUUCUUGAGGAGCAGAAGCCCACAAAAUUAAACAAAAAGGAAGUUGCGAGCAGCUCUCCGAAACAAACUAAACCGGGCAAAGAAAAACCAAAAACGGAGUCUCCCGAGCAGAAGAAACACAAGACGGUUGAUCUUGAUGACUCUAUGUUGGAGGAAGCCAUUGAAAAAAAGAAGCAUCAAGCAGACAACUACCGAAAAUACCUUCAAAGAAAAGGUCCAGCUAAUCUUGGGAUGAAAGAGCUCCCUGAGGGAGCGGAGAAUUGUCUUUCAGGAUUGACCUUUGUCAUCACUGGGGUUUUGGACUCGCUCGACAGGGAAGGGGCAGCCGAAUUGGUGCAGAAAUACGGGGGAAAAGUCACAAGCAGUAUUAGCAAGAACACAAGCUAUUUGGUUGCUGGAGAGGAGGCAGGUCCAGCUAAACUUGAUAAGGCUAAAAAUUUGAACAUUCCAAACAUCGACGAAGAUGGACUGUUGGAGUUGAUUCGAACGCGUCCAUCUCCCUCAGUGGCAGCUCCUUCAAAACCUGGAAAGCAAACAACCCCAAAGACGGCCAAGCCAGUGGUUGAAAAAGAUUUAAUCAAAACCACCAUUAAUAAGAAACUAGGAAACAAUUCACCAACUGAAAAGCCCAUUUCUCAAGCAUCUUCCUCUGGAAGUCAAAGAUUUGCUGACGGAAGCCAGCAGUCAACCUCAUCUUAUGGAGCUGGAUCACAAAAAACGUUGCCGCCCAGUCCUGCACUUGAUGCUGGAGAUCACACCAUGUGGGUGGACAAGUACAAGCCACAGAAUGUAAGACAGAUCAUCGGUCAACAGGCAGACCGAAGCAUUGUCAAGAAAUUGAUCCAAUGGCUUCAAGACUGGGAAAAGAAUCACUCGAAUCCUAAUGAGAAGAAGCCUAGGCCAGCUCCCUGGGCCAAAAACGACAAUGGAGCUGCUUUCAAAGCUGCAUUACUCUCUGGCCCUCCUGGAAUAGGAAAAACCACAUCUGUCCAUCUGGUUUGCAAGGAACUUGGCUUUGACAUUGUGGAGUUCAAUGCAUCGGACACUAGAUCAAAAAAGCUGUUGCACCAAGAAGUUAGUGAACUUCUUUCAACCCAAAGCCUUUCGGGAAUGUUCAAAGGGAAUAGAGCCAAGGCAUUAUCAAAGAAGCGAAUUUUGCUCAUGGAGGAAGUUGAUGGAAUGGCUGGAAACGAGGACAGAGGUGGAAUUGCUGAGCUCAUUCUACUGGUCAAACAGUCAAAGAUUCCAGUCGUUUGCACUUGCAAUGAUCGUGGCUCGCAGAAAAUUCGCAGUUUGGUCAACUACUGCUUUGAUUUGAGAUUCCAGAAACCGAAACUUGAGCAAAUCAGGGCGGCAAUGAUGAGCAUUUGCUUCAAGGAGAAGGUUACCAUCCCUAAGGGAGACCUAGAUGCCAUGAUUGCGGGAACAAACUUUGACAUUCGUCAGAUUAUUCACAUGAUGAGCCUUUGGGCUGCUGGUGAGACCAAUAUGAAAACAGGACUGAUGGAGAAGGAGUCAAAAAAGUCCAAGAAAGAAUUCAAAAUUGGAAUCUGGGAUAUUACCCCCAAAGUUUUCAGUGCCAACAUGGAGGAGAAAAGCAAGAAUGCAAUCUAUGACAAAACUCACCUCUUCUUUCAAGAUUAUAGCCUUGGUCCGUUGUUUGUCCAAGAAAAUUAUCUCUCAGCUGUCCAUGGUGUUGCUAAUGGAGCCGACAAAAUAAAGAAACUGCAGCUCAUGUCCAGAGCAGCUGAUAGCAUUGCUCAAGGAGACUUGGUAGAAAAUAUUAUUAGAACCAAUCAAGCUUGGGGUCUUCUUCCUGUUCAGGCUAUCUACUCCACUGUCACUCCUGGCAUUGUUUUACGCGGCCGUCUGACAAGCCAGGCAAUGUUUCCUUCAUGGCUGGGCAAAAACUCGAAAAAGAACAAGUUUGACCGAAUGGCCAGCGAAUUGCAGAUGCACAUGCGGCUAUCCAUCACUGGAAGCAAAAGUGCUGUGCAGUUGGACUACCUGAAUGCUCUGCAAAGCCGAAUCUUCACUUCUAUGAAGAAAGAAGGCAGCAAUGGAGUUAGCCAGGCAAUUGACGCCAUGGUUGAAUACAAUCUUGUUCGCGACGAUUUGGACAAGAUCGCAGAACUGUCAUCGUGGGAAUCGAACGCAAGUCCUUGGCAACAAAUCGAGGGCAAGGUCAAGGCGCAGCUGACUAGAGAAUACAACAAAAUGCCCAUCAUGACUCCGUUUGCCAUUCAGUCAGUCAGCCACAAGAAAGGCGCUGGCAGAGGAGCUGCUGAUGAUGACUUGCUUGGUAUUGAUGAUGAAGAGCUUGCCAUCGAGUCCGAGGAUGAUGAGGACGAUGCCACUAAAGAUUCUAUGAUCAAGGCUAAAAAACCUACCUCGAAAACAUCAGCAAAGGGUGAAAGCUCAAAAGGGAAAGCCACUCCCAAAGGCGGCGCAGGCAGAAAGGGCAAAAAGUGAACAGUUUGCAAAGGUAAUGAAAAUAAAGGCUUCGAUUAGGAAUGUUUCCAAAUAUUAAUAA